UGCGCUCAACGCCGGAACAGAAGAAGAAGGCUAAACGUCAUUGUGGCAAAUUCAAAUUUCUGUAACAAAACAUCUCAGCCGGGAGGUCAGCGUUAAUGUUUUCAGGGUUUUCCGACUCCAGCACAUUUAAGGCGGUGUUUUUGCUCGGUGUGGUGCGGGGGCAGCGGCAGGACAUGCCUGUGGAGAGGACGGAGCCCCGCGGGGCCGAAGAGCUCCUCAGAUACUACGAGGUCUACGAGACUAUCGGCUCGGGAGGCUUUGCCAAAGUCAAGCUGGGCCGCCACAUCCUGACGGGAGAGAAGGUGGCCAUCAAAAUCAUAGACAAGAAAGACAUCGGGGACGACCUGCCUCGUGUGAAGGUGGAGAUAGAGGCCAUGAAAAACCUCAGUCAUCAGCACGUCUGUCGCCUCUAUCACGUCAUAGAGACCGCCGCCAAGAUCUACAUGGUGCUGGAGUACUGUCCAGGCGGCGAGCUGUUUGACUACAUCAUAGCGAAGGACCGUCUGUCAGAGGAGGAGACCAGAGUGUUUUUCAGGCAGAUCGUCUCCGCACUGGCCUACGUCCACAGCCAGGGUUACGCACACAGAGACCUCAAACCGGAAAACCUGUUGAUAGACGAGAGUCACAACUUGAAGCUCAUAGAUUUUGGCUUGUGUGCCAAACCUAAGGGAGGUCUGGGCUAUGAGCUCAUGACAUGCUGCGGGAGCCCCGCCUACGCCGCUCCUGAGCUCAUCCAGGGGAAGGCAUACAUCGGCUCAGAGGCUGAUGUGUGGAGUUUGGGGGUGCUGCUGUUCGCUCUGCUCUGUGGAUACCUGCCCUUCGACGACGACAACUGCAUGGUCCUCUACCGAAAAAUCACUAGAGGAAAAUAUGACAACCCUCGCUGGCUUUCUCCUGGUAGUAUCCUCCUCCUCAACCAGAUGAUGCAGGUGGAGCCCAAGCGGCGUCUUACUGUUAAACAGCUCCUGGACCAUCCCUGGGUGAUGAAAGACUACAGCAGCCCAGUGGAGUGGCACAGCAAGCAGCCGCUGGGCCAUAUAGAUGAGGACUGUAUCACUGAGAUGGCUGUCAACAUGAAGCGCUCCAGAGAGAGCACCACCCAGCUGGUCAAGGAGUGGCGGUACGACCAGACCACUGCCACCUACCUGCUGCUGCUGUCGAAGAAACGCAGAGGCAAGCCUGUCCGCCUUCGCCGUGAGCCGCCUGCGUGUGAUGUCACUUCCUGCUCUCCGCUGCACUGGGGACAACAGCCUAAGCAAAACCUUCAUUUCAGCGAGGAUGAGGACGCGAUGGUUCUGGGUUCCACGGACUUCGGUUCAGACUACAUUGAUGACUGUCCCUGGGUUUUACUGUCACAGUGUUCCCCCCAGGGGGUCAGAGGCCAGCCGGACGGAGCCGCAACCCCAACCAGCAACCGAGAUUCGAGACUGCCGUCUCCAUCGGUGGAGAAAAGGAGGGGGCACAGCCCAGCCACUGAGAGGGAGCGAGUGACGCCACAACGCCAGAGGCGGGACAGAGAGCAGGAACGGACCGGUGAGGACAAGGGGAAUAUGGCGGCGCCCGAGAAAGAUGUCGAAAUAUUCGCGUUGCCUCCUCCUCGAACUCCUGCGACCAAUAAGAAAAGUGCACGGCCCAACAAGAAUGUGUUGAACACCCCCUCUCAAAACACCAAUGGCAUAAAAACCACACCGAAAGGUGGAAGCAGUGCCUCAAAGGAGCAAAGCAGGAAGAGGGGAGCGGAAAACAGGGAUCCUGCAAAUAAUGAGAUCCUGGCCUUCAGUCCUGAGCGAAGGUCUCGGUCUCUGGACAUGGCCGGUACAGGAGACAGCGCGCAGAAGAGGAAAGCAGGGAAGGUGUUCGGUUCUCUGGAGAGGGGCCUGGACAAGAUCGUAACCAUGCUCACGCCCAGCAAGAGACGAGCGCUGCGUGAUGGACCACGCAAGAUCAAGACGCAGUACAAUGUGACUCUGACCAGUCAGACCAACCCAGAUCGUGUUCUCAACCAGAUCCUCUCCAUCUUAUCGGAGAAACACAUAGACUACACACAAAAAGGCUACACCCUGAAGUGCCGCACCCAGGGUGACUUUGGCAAGGUGACAAUGGCGUUUGAGCUGGAGGUGUGCCUGCUGCAGAGACCUGAGGUGGUGGGAGUCCGCCGCCAGAGGCUCAAAGGAGACGCCUGGGUCUACAAGCGCCUGGUGGAAGACAUCCUCUCCACCUCCAGCAUCUAAACCUGGAAGCCGGCUCAGACAGUGCAUUCCCCCUUUAAUUGUUCAGCACUUUUAAAGGUUCAGCACUUCCAUGAUUAUGACUUCACUUCCUCUCCAGAGUCUAGACACCUGCCUUUUGUUGCUGGUGAUGUGACAUCCAAUCGCGUCUCUGAGGAUAAGAGAAGAGUGAUUAGUGAUUGACAUGCAGAACCAGGCAGUGUCUGAGCAAUAGUGAGCAAGCCCAUCAUUCUUCUUCAGUUUAUUUAGAGCCCAAAUGCUUUAGAGGUCCACAGUUUGCAAAAAAAAUACUGGUGUCUUGGUGGUUUCCUCUUCAGUAAGAGGAGACUCAGAAGAACAGAUCCAGUUUCAGCUGCCAUGCCUCAGAUUCCUCGCUGGACGCUGCAGUGCAAGUACUGAAAAUUGUCAUUUUAAAUUGCCCAUAAUACAUGCUACAUUAAGUUUUUCUGCAUUGCAUGUUUGGACCCUGUAUGAAACAUCUGUUUUGACAUGGAAUAUUUGUUGUUUUUCUUCCACUUCCCUUUCCAUUAUUAGUAUUAUGUUUAACAGGAUUUCUGUCAGUCCUCCUGGGAUGCAUUGGUUAGCUGUGUGUGUGUGUGUGUGUGUGUAUGAAACAUAACAGUAUUUAUACCUUCUAGCUGCUUAUUACCAUAUUUCCAUUUCUUGCUAUUCCCCCCUGUAGGUAUUGAGUUUUAUUGAAUAACAUUAUAAAGAGGCAGAGCAUUACUAAUUUACCAUCAUUGGUGGUUUGUCAUCUUUAUGUACAUGUGUUUAUAAUUCUUACAUUCUAAGAAUUGUUUUUUUACAUGUUUGUCUUGUAUGAUGUCUCCUUUUAAUUCUCAGCUGUUGGUGCUAUUCCUUUUUUCAUUGUUUGUCUGUGAGCGUGCCUCUAAGAUUUUUAUUAACAGUUGUAAAAGGAACAAAAUAAAUGGUUUCUGGCUAGUG